AUGUCGGCGACGCAUGUGGGGACGCGUCGGCGGGACUCGCCCGAGACGGGCGCCAAUGACGUAAUGGGAUUCCCGUUACAUCGUCAACUUACAAUUACAACAACAAUCAGAUUGAUUCUGCUGUCAUUCGGUGUAUUAGCCAAGCGUGCUCGUAACUCAGAACAGGAUCCUCUAGUGUUCAUUGAGAAUCCAGUGGAAGCAGAUAUGCCUGGGCACUGGAUGCCUUUGAGUAUUGUUAAGGUUAUCCUAGAAAAGAAAACUCCACAGCCACCACCGAAGAAAAUGACAUUGAAGGGCACACUGCCUUCAACAACCACAGAGGCUAUAACGACCAUUAGAACAGAAGCAUCAACUACUCCAGAAAAAAUAACCACACCAGAGGCUACUACUACUGAAGAGGUAACGACAGUGGAAGAUACUACGACAGAAGCGCCAUCAACAGAAGCUGCAACGACAGAAGCGUCAACGACAGAAGCGACAACGACAGAAGCGUCAACGACAGAAGCGCCAACGACAGAAGCGUCAACGACAGAAGCGUCAACGACAGAAGCGACAACGACUGAAGCGACAACGACUGAAGCGACAACGACCGAAGCAACAACGACAGAAGAAACGACGACAGAAGCGACUACGACAGAAGUAACUACAGCUGGUGGACGACAGACGCCAAAAAGAAACAAACCAAGAGACGAUGUUAACAAUAUACCUGUGUAA